UCGCCGGCGCAUGCGCGGAGCGCGUCUCCUUGCCGCUGCGCGGAGGGCGAGCGGAGGCCUCAAGGAGAAGGGAAGGGGGGGUUGAAGGGGGCUUGUUGUUUCUGCCGUCGCCAUGUUCCUGUGGGCUCCCCUGCGGGCCUCGGCCGCACGCUCGAUAAGACAAGUCCGAUAUUUACAUAGAACAGCAGGAUGUAAUGCCAGUGGAGGAGCCUUAUUUGUGCACAGAGAUACUCCUGAAAAUAAUCCCGAUACUCCAUUUGAAUUCACACCUGAAAACCAAAAGCGGAUAGAAGCAAUCAUAAACAACUACCCAGGGGGACACAAGUCUGCAGCUGUCAUGGCAGUACUAGAUCUGGCCCAGAGACAGCAUGGAUGGUUGCCCAUAUCAGCUAUGAACAAGGUUGCUGAAGUAUUAGAAAUGCCUCCCAUGAGAGUGUAUGAAGUAGCAACCUUCUAUACAAUGUAUAAUCGCAAACCUGUUGGGAAGUACCAUAUUCAGGUCUGCACUACCACGCCUUGCAUGCUGCGAGACUCUGACAGUAUUUUAGAAGCCAUUAAGAAGAAACUUGGUAUAAAAGUUGGGGAAACAACACCCGAUAAACUCUUCACGCUGAUAGAAGUGGAAUGUUUAGGUGCUUGUGUAAAUGCACCAAUGGUACAAAUAAAUGAUAAUUACUAUGAAGAUUUGACACCUAAAGAUAUCGAAGACAUAAUUGAUGAACUGAAGGCUGGCAAAGUUCCCAAACCUGGCCCAAGGAGUGGACGUUUCUCUUGUGAGCCAGCUGGUGGCCUUACUUCUCUCACUGAGCCACCGAAAGGACCAGGUUUUGGAGUUCGAGCUGACCUCUAAGGAUUUUGUAAUAUAAGAUAAAUGUCUGAAAAUAAUAAACUCAUUCUAAAUCUCUGUAAAAUUAUAUGCAUUCUAGUACUUCUUUUAAAAAUGAACAAAGCAAAAGCUUGGUGUUAACUACGGCAAAGCAUAAUCAUAAUUCUGGAUUAUAAGAAGAAUGGUUCUGUCGACUGUGAAGUGCCUCACUGAAAGAGUCCACUUAUGGUCACUGAGAGGUGAAAGCUGCAUCUUUUGAUCUGUCAUUAAAAAAAUCUUACCUUUUUCUAAGGUUCUUUGAAGAAGCAACAAAACUGCCUAAAUUACUGGUACAUCUGGCAAAUGCACAAGGAAACGAAAGGAAAUUAUCUGGCAAAGCUUCAUUGCUUGUUACUUUUAAUUGCAAUUUAAAAACAAAAAAAAGGUGAUCCAUCAUAAAAAAUCUGGUAGGUUCCAUGAGAAGUGUUUCUUAAAUCUGAUGCUUCCUUCUACCAUUCAGUGAACAGGGAAAAUGAGAAUUACCUUUUUAUUGUGUUACAAAAAAAAAAUCCGAAUAGCAGUAGUACUCUACAAAAAGAAUGAACAGUAACCAUUUCCUGUACAAAUUUAUUCAAUACAGCCAAUGUAUAUAGUGGGGGGAAAACAAAGUAUACUAGAACAGUUUAGUAUUUAGCUAAUUGUAAUAUGUAAAAGUAGGUAUCUGGUUCACAGAUCUUUCUUUCACCUUAUUGCUAUGUACCUGCUACUUUUAAGAACAAAUUUGUGUGAAAUUGAGGUUCUUCUCCCAGUACAAAAAAAGUCAAAGAUAACUUUUCUUUUAAAUUACUGUAUACUGAUACUUGUAUAUAAAGCAUUUGACAGAUUUUACAAGCAUAUGUAUAUGUACGCACACACACUUUCCAGUGUAAAUGAGGAAACAUGAACAUGUCAGUUACCAGAGACCAUACUUUGUGUGCCUCUACUAAAAUCUGCCAUCGAACUUACAUUAUUAUAAUUAAUGUGGUAGAUGGAGCUCAAUUGUAUUAUUUAUAUUUUAUUCUGUAUUAUAGUUAGUGUGGUUUGAUACUCUGAUUAACAGUUCUUUCCCAAACUGCUUUCCCUCACCCAAGUUUUGUAUCUACAGAUUUCCCUGCAUAAUGGUUAUCUUAUAGUCUGUUCAUGCCCUACCUUUGUUUCAGUAGGCUCUGUGAAAUUCCUUGAUACACUGUUAAGUAACAUUACUGCUGGUAGUUCUGAGAGCAAAAUAUGUAAGUAUAUCAUUCGUAUGUAAAACUUGCUCUCCCUUCUACAUUACUAAAUUUAUAAAAUUAAAUAAUUGCAUACAAAUGGAAAAGUAAAUUCAAUAAAUGUAACUCGUGAGUUAAGCAGUUACCCAAUAAACAUGAAAAAACCCAA